AUGGAGCCUCAUGACGGGGACUUGUCCUGGAUGAUCGUCUGCACCAUCCGGGGCUCCCACGUCAAGCAGCUCCCGGAGUUCGAGAUCCAGCUGUUCGAGCGCACGUGGGAGGAUGGUUUGCUCCGUGCACUCCAGGCGGCUCUUGCACGCCUCACCUACCACCACCGUGCCGAGCUCGAGGAGAAGAACCUCCCCUAUGCUCACUUUGGGCGGCGUGACGAGGAGGGCCUCCCCACCAUCGUGCCGUACGUCUGCCCCCUCGGACGUCACGCUGCCCAGAUGGAGUUCAUCCUCGGCAAGACCCAGAACAGCCUUGAUAUCAGCCGGAUGGAACAGGAGAUGCUGAAGCAUGAGUUGGACGAGACUAAGGCGGACCUUGCGGAGAUGAGGAAGAGAGCUCGCCGUCAGCGCAAGCUCAAGCUCCGGGCCAGAGAGGCCAAGUACAUGCUUAAGGUGAAGGUGAAGCACCUUAAGACCGCACUCCGCGAGGCCGAGACUAAGAUAGAGGAGCUUGAGGAUGAUGGCGAGGAUCUCCGUAAGGAGAAUGCUGCACUUCUUAGUGACGAUGAUGACUACAUGGAUGAAGAAGGGUAUGAUUGGAAUAACCCGUCUGAGGAGGAAGAUGAGGAUGAUAUGGAUUUCAUCAAUGAUGAGCUCGAAGAGCCAGCACCCUCUACCCCUCGCGAGUCGUCCGAGGAGGAAGACCCCGAGGAGCCGCCGUUUGAGGAGCCGCCGACCAAGGAUGACACCAUCAUCCUUGACGACGACUAG